UUUGUCAUGUAGCUUUUUGUAGAUAAAGAGAGGGGAUUCGGGGCAGAGAGGGAGAGAGAAAAUGGAGGGAGUAGCUGUGGUUGGUGGAUGGAGUCUCUCUGUUUCUCCGCCUUUCUCUUCCUCAUCGCCGGCGAGAGCUCCGGCGGUUCGAUGCUCAUCCUUCUCUCCCGCCAAAGUUAGUCUGCGUUCCCAGUCUCACUUGGCCGCGUUUCGUCCCCACUUCCAUCUUUUCUCGCGCCAUUCGCCGUGUCGCCGCCUCCUUCGCGCCUCCUGCUCCGCCGAGCCUGGAAUCUUCCUCCCUCACCUUGUAGCUUCCAUGGAGCAAGCUGAGGAGACUUACAUUAUGGUGAAACCCGACGGCGUACAACGAGGCCUUGUUGGAGAAAUCAUCUCGAGGUUCGAGAAGAAGGGAUUCAAGCUUACGGGCCUGAAACUAUUCCAGUGCCCGAGAGAGUUAGCUGAGGAGCAUUAUAAGGAUCUUAAGGCGAAGCCAUUCUUCCCUAAACUGAUUGAGUAUAUUACUUCAGGCCCAGUUGUGUGUAUGGCUUGGGAAGGUGUUGGUGUUGUUGCUUCAGCGAGAAAGCUAAUAGGGAAAACCGAUCCUCUUCAAGCUGAACCUGGCACCAUAAGAGGAGACCUCGCCGUUCAAACUGGAAGGAACAUUAUCCAUGGUAGUGAUAGCCCUGAAAACGGCACGCGUGAGAUUGCUCUAUGGUUUAAAGAAGGUGAACUGUGCGAGUGGGAACCAGCUCUGGCGUCAUGGCUAAGGGAAUGAACCCUCUUGGGAAGACAUUUCAGUUGUUUCUCGAUCUCAGAGUAUUUCUUCUCUUUAACUUCUUUAUUACUGAGCCUCAACCGGUCUUUUCCUCUUGAUUAUGGACGCUGAAAUGCUAUUUUGCAGGUUCUGAUUUCAGAAAUAAAAUGAUUACAUUGUUUUCCCGUUGUUUUAGUUAA